AAAAAGAUAAGAAAAAUAAUCGGUUUCCGGAAUCAUGGCUUCCGCAACAAAAAUAAAUCAGUUUUCUCUUUGUUGAUUACCCUAACGAACGUAUCAGAUGAAUUUAUCGCGUUUUCACGGUAUUGUAUUCAUGGAUCUAGUCAUAGCCUACUAAAUCAGAUUCUAUGGACUAAUAAAACAAAAUGAUGGAAAGAAAAGUUCGACUGAAAACAGUCAACCCUUUUAUUACUUGUUAUAUUUGCAAAGGAUAUUUAAUUGACUCUACCACCAUCACAGAAUGUUUACACACUUUUUGCAAAAGUUGCAUUGUAAAAUACUUAGAGGAGAAAAACACAUGCCCAAAAUGCCAUAUUGAAAUACAUCAAAGUUACCCUCUUAACUAUAUAAGUUUUGACAGAACCAUGCAAGACAUUGUAUAUAAGCUGGUACCAAAUUUGCAAGAAAAAGAAUUUCAGCGUAUGCAAGAUUUUUACAGAAAAAGAGGAUUAACUGUACCUUCUAGUAUAGUCAAUGAUGAAAAUAGUAAUGAGUGCAAUAAAAGUCAAAGUCAGGAAAACCAUGAAGAUGAAGAUCACCAUCGUAGUGAUGAGCAAGUCAAUAUAUGUUUAGAGUGCAGAGCUCCAAAUUUAAAGCAUUUAAAGAGAAGAUAUCUACGCAUUUCAUCUCAGGCAACAAUCACACAUUUGAAGAAAUUUGUAGCACUCAAGCUUUAUAAUAAUAUCAAUAGAUUCAAAGAGGUAGAUAUAUUGUGCAAUGAAGAAAUAUUAGGCAAGGACCAUACUUUAAAAUUUGUGUCUGUGACACGAUGGAGAUCAAAGGAUGCACCACUCUUACUUCAUUACAGACAGAGAGUGGCUGAUUUGUGACCAAGUAUUCCCAUUGAAUGUGUAUAUACAUGAUUUAAUGUUAUUGCUAAAGUCAUAAUGUUGUGGGGGGGAGUGUGAAUGUGUAAUAUAAUUACAUAAAUAUUUGUAAGCAAAGCAUGCUUGUUUUAUUUCAUAGAUUGAUGUAUGAAUGCUAUUAAGAUUGAUGUAGCAUACAAGAAAACAAAUGGGGUGUGUGUCAGAUUGAUGGUAAUGAACUUGUGAUGUCUUUUGUUUUUCUUGCAAUUCUGUUUCAUGUGAUUUUUACUGAAUUAAAUUUAUCUUGUGACAGAUAAAUAAAAGAUUUUAAACAAUAAAAAUGAUAUAAAUCUUAA